AGCGCCCGCCCGGCCCCGCCGCCGCCGCCGCCCGCCAUGGCCCGCCGCGUCGCCGCCGUCCUGCUGCUCCUCGCCCUCGGCUGCCUCCUGGGCAUCCUGCUGCUCUGCCUGGGCUCCGGCGACACGCGCGGCCCGCCGGGCUUCAAGUAUGGCAUUGUGCUGGAUGCUGGUUCCUCCCACACAGCCAUGUUCAUCUACAAGUGGCCUGCAGACAAGGAGAAUGACACCGGGGUGGUCAGUGAGCACAGCAUGUGCGACGUAGAAGGUCCAGGCAUCUCCAGCUACAACACCAACCCUCCAGGUGCUGGGCAAAGCUUAGUCCACUGCCUGAACCAGGCUCUGAAAGAUGUGCCCAAGGAGAAGCACGUGAGCACCCCGCUCUACCUGGGUGCCACAGCUGGCAUGCGCCUGCUCAACAUCACAAACCACCAGGCCUCAGACGCCGUCCUCAACACUGUGACAGCCACCCUGAAGUCAUAUCCCUUCGAUUUCCGUGGGGCAAAGAUACUGUCAGGGGAAGAGGAAGGGGUGUUUGGCUGGGUCACAGCAAACUACCUCCUGGAGAACUUCAUCAAGCGUGGCUGGCUUGGGGAAUGGAUCCAGCCCAAGAAGAAGACCCUGGGGGCCAUGGAUCUCGGAGGUGCUUCCACACAGAUCACUUUUGAAACCAAGGACACCAUCGAAGAUCCCCAAAAUGAGGUUAUGCUGAAGCUGUAUGGCCAGGCAUACAAAGUGUAUACUCACAGCUUCCUCUGCUAUGGAAGAGACCAAGUCCUCAGGAGGCUGCUCUCGAAGCUCCUGCAGGCUGGGAACUACCAAGCAACCAUCUCCAAUCCCUGCUGGCCCAUGGGCUACCAGAAAAACCUGACGCUGAGCAGCAUCUAUGACACCCCCUGCACGGAGAAGGAGAAGCCCGGCAUUCCCCUCAGCACUUCUCUCGUCAUGGUCGGCGCUGGAAAUGGGAACCUCUGCGCUCUGUAUGUCAGCAAGCUCUUCGACUUCACCACCUGCCCCUUCUCCCGCUGCUCCUUUGAUGGCAUUUUCCAGCCUGAUGUUUCAGGAAACUUCAUCGCCUUCUCUGCCUUCUUCUACACGGUGGACUUUAUCCAGACAGUGAUGGGGAGACUCGUGCGCUUGCCCAGUGACCUGAAGGAUGCUGCCGAGACCAUCUGUGCCACUAGUUGGAGUGAGCUGCUCCAGAAAGCCCCCAAAAUGGAGAAGAGGCUGCCGGAUUACUGUGCUAUCAGCAUGUUCGUUUAUUUGCUCACCACCAAAGGCUACAACUUCAACAACCAUUCCUUCCCCAACAUUGCCUUUCAGAAGAAGGCAGGAGAAACCUCCAUUGGCUGGGCUCUGGGCUACAUGCUGAACCUCACCAACAUGAUCCCAGCAGAGGAGCCAGCUUCCCACAAAAGCAUAUUGUACAACAACUGGGUCAUCCUCAUCCUGCUCUUUGUGUUCACCACCCUGACGGCAUUGGUGACUGCCGUUUGCCUGCUCCGGCGCAGCAAAUCCAGUGCAAUCUAACCUCAGGGGCAGGACAGGCCUUGCCUGCAGAACUGAGCACCAUCCCUCCUGCUGGUGUCUCCACGGCCUGAAUACUUGGGAUGCAGCCAGUGCUUGGAGACAUCUUCCUCUGACACUUGAUGUUGUCUGUCACAGAAGGAAAGCUGUCCCUUUUUGCCCUCCCCUUGCUUUCAAGUUGCAGACAGGAGAGGACAGAAGAGGACUGCUGACCCUGCAGAGCUGCAGGAGGAGAACAUCUUAAGGGUUUCCCAGUGCUACUCAGGGAUAGAUCCCAGAGGAGGCUUGAGACUUGGAAAAUCAGAUCUGGGGCAUCUCUCUGCCACCAGAUGUGGGCUGGACUGAGCUAAUGGAGUCCAGACAACAGCAGGAAGAUUUUAUUCUCAUGUGGAUGGAGCUACUUAUGCUAGUCCUUAUAGCUGAUGUCAUUAGCCCAUCCCCAGAGCACCAGCCAAGUCCUUCAAGUGAGCAUCACCCAGGAACUUGUGCUCUUUUCCUGGCUGAUGCACAAACCCCGGUGACCUUGCUGAGGGCCACACUGUGGGCCUGGACUUCCAUCUGCCUCAGCACAGAGGCUUCAGGUCAGAAAUUGGGAGCAGGCAGCUUCCCAGCUCCCCACUUCAGCAACCAGACACUAUGUCUUCCUCAUUCUGGUGUUUCCUAAGCCAGUCUCCCAUUUGCCACAGCCACUGCCUACUCCGCACUCCUCUGUCACAGGGCAAGGCAUAAAAAGCCUCUCCCUGCAGGAGAGAGAGGAUCUUCAGGCUGCCCUGGUGCAUGGCUGAGCCAGCACAGAGAUAGCAGACUAGCUGCGGGAGCAGGGCUUUGUGCUGCUUUAGGAUUUAAGCCCUGCAUCACCAGCCAAGCCAGAUAGCUGAGAGGAUGUGCCUUCUUUUCCAAAUGAGUAAAAACAGGGAUAUGCAAAUGUGCAAAGGGUUUUUUUUUUUUUUUUAAUCAGAAAUAAAUCUUUGUAACCAUU